AGCUUGUUUCCCUCUUAGUAAGAUCCCGUUCUCUCUUCCCCUCUCUCGCUCUCUCUCUCUCUCUCUCUCAAUCAAUCGAAUCGACCGAAGAAUUGAGAAGAUGAAUGGGUUGCAGGCGCUGGAGAUAUAGUAAUGGCUAGCUCAGGUCGCUAAGGUUUCGUUUCUUUACAUCUUUUCUCCCAUUUUGAGGUAAGUCCUCUUUUCAGGAGCCAUUUUUCAGCGACACUGUAAACCCUAACCAGUAGCGGUACUAUUUUCAUUUCUUCCUCUGUGCUUAGAAACCCUUAUUUUGGUGCUUCAAAUCCCUAAUCCCCCUUCAUAGCUUCACAAAGGCGAAACUCCUAGCUUUCCCACAACUUCUGAGAGAGGGCGAGUGCUGUUUUUCAAAUUUCUAGAGAGAGAAUACUGAUCAAACUCCUAGAUAGAGUGUUCUGGACUUUCUAGUGAGAGAGAGCUUAGUGAGAGAGAGCUCUGUUCGAAUUCAUAGAGACAGUUUUGCUGAACUUUCUUGUGAGUUCUCCUGAAAUUCUUCCUCCUUCUAGUGAGAGAAAGAGAGAGCUCUUUUUAAACUCUUACAGAUUUAGAGAGAAACCGCAGACCAUGUACCUCUACGGAUUGACCCUGCAACAGGCCACUGGCGUGGUUUGUGCAACCUAUGGAAACUUCGUAGGUGGAAAAUCACAAGAGAUCAUUGUAGCGAGAGGCAAAGUUCUCGAUCUUCUUCGACCUGAUGAUAGAGGUAAGCUCCAAACUCUACUCUCAGUUGAGGUUUUUGGGGCCAUUCGAUCUCUGGUUCAGUUCCGACUCACCGGUUCACAAAAAGACUACAUAGUUGUGGGCUCUGAUUCAGGUCGAAUAGUGAUCUUAGAGUACAACAAAGAGAAGAAUAUCUUUGAGAAAAUUCACCAAGAAACAUUUGGGAAAUCAGGUUGCCGAAGAAUCGUUCCUGGCCAAUAUCUGGCAGUUGAUCCCAAGGGGCGAGCGGUUAUGAUUGGGGCUUGUGAAAAACAAAAGUUAGUCUAUGUUUUGAAUCGUGAUACCUCAGCUAGGCUCACAAUUUCAUCACCCCUUGAAGCUCACAAAUCUCACACUGUAGUAUACUCCAUUGCUGGUGUUGAUUGUGGUUUUGAUAACCCAAUCUUUGCAGCUAUCGAGCUUGAUUACUCUGAAGCUGAUCAGGACUCGACUGGUCAAGCAGCUAGUGAGGCCCAAAAGCACCUAACUUUUUACGAGCUUGAUCUUGGGUUAAACCAUGUCUCCCGCAGAUGGUCGGAGCCUAUUGAUAAUGGGGCAAAUAUGCUGGUCACCGUACCAGGAGGUGGUGACGGCCCAAGCGGCGUCUUAGUCUGCGCCGAAAAUUUUGUAAUUUACAAGAACCAGGGACAUCCGGAUGUGCGGGCAGUUAUCCCAAGGCGUGCUGAUUUGCCUGCUGAACGGGGGGUUUUGAUUGUUUCUGCUGCAACACAUAGGAUAAAGUCUAUAUUCUUUUUCCUCUUGCAAACUGAGUACGGUGAUAUAUUCAAGGUGACAUUGGAGCAUGAUAACGAUAGGGUAUCAGAGUUGAAAAUUAAGUAUUUUGAUACUAUUCCAGUCACUACGGCAAUGUGCUUGCUCAAGUCGGGGUUUUUGUUUGCGGCUUCAGAGUUUGGGAACCAUGCAUUGUAUCAAUUUCAGGGGAUUGGGGAUGGCGAUGAUGUUGAGGCUUCAUCGGCUACGAUCAUGGAGACAGAUGAGGGGUUUCAGCCUGUGUUUUUUCAACCACGGGGCCUAAAGAACCUUAUUAAGAUUGAUCAGGUAGAGAGCUUGAUGCCCAUUAUGGAUAUGAAGGUGAUUAAUCUCUUUGAGGAGGAGACACCCCAAAUUUUCACCUUGUGUGGUCGCGGUCCCCGAUCGUCAUUGCGGAUCCUACGGCCGGGUUUGGCUGUGAGUGAGAUGGCCGUGUCACAGCUCCCUGGUGUCCCAAGUGCAGUGUGGACAGUGAAGAAGAGUGCAAGUGACGAGUUCGAUGCUUACAUUGUGGUUUCUUUCGCAAAUGCGACACUUGUUCUAUCAAUUGGAGAGACAGUUGAAGAAGUUAGCAAUAGUGGGUUUCUCGAUACUACUCCCUCUCUUGCUGUUUCCCUUUUGGGUGAGGAUUCUUUAAUGCAAGUUCACCCUGGUGGCAUUAGACACAUCAGGGAAGAUGGUCGAAUUAAUGAGUGGAAAACACCGGGAAAAAAGACGAUUGUUAAGGUGGGUUCGAAUAGAUCUCAAGUGGUGAUUGCUUUGAGUGGUGGGGAGCUCAUUUAUUUUGAGAUGGAUGAGACAAGGCAGCUUAUGGAGGUCGAGAAGCACGAGAUGACAGGUGAUGUCGCAUGCCUUGACAUCGCCCCGGUACCUGAAGGAAGGAAAAGAUCACGUUUUUUGGCAGUAGGCUCUUAUGAUAGCACCAUUCGCAUUCUCUCUUUAGACCCCGACGACUGUAUGCAAGUGUUGAGCAUGCAAAGUGUGUCUUCUCCACCUGAGUCCCUUCUAUUGCUCGAGGUUCAAGCUUCAGUUGGUGGUGAAGAUGGGGCCGAUCGCCCAGCUAGUGUUUUUUUAAAUGCUGGUCUCCAAAAUGGUGUGCUUUAUCGAACCGAGGUUGAUAUGGUCACCGGUAACCUCUCGGAUACUCGUUCUCGCUUUUUGGGUCUUAGGCCUCCCAAGCUAUUUGCUUGUAUGGUUCGAGGUCGGAGAGCCAUGCUGUGCCUUUCAAGUAGGCCAUGGCUUGGAUACAUUCAUCGUGGCCAUUUUUUGCUUACCCCACUUUCAUAUGAGACCUUGGAAUAUGCAGCUUCAUUCUCUUCCGAUCAGUGUGCUGAAGGUGUUGUUGCAGUUGCAGGGGAUGCAUUGAGGGUCUUUACAAUUGAAAGGUUGGGUGAAACUUUCAAUGAAACAGUGGUUCCUUUGAGGUAUACCCCUCGAAAAUUUGUUCUCCAUCCAAAAAAGAAGCAUUUGGUUAUAGUGGAGAGUGAUCAAGGGGCUUUCACAGCCGAGGAGAGAGAGGCAGCGAGGAAGGAGUGCUUAGAAGCUGCUGGUCUAGGGGAAAAUGGCAAUGCCAAUGCUGAUCAAAUGCAAGAGAAUGGGGAUGAUGAAGAGAAGGAAGAUCCACUUCCUGAUGAGCAAUAUGGGUACCCAAAGGCGGAAUCAGACAAGUGGGUCUCAUGUAUUAGGGUUCUCGACCCAAGGUCCGGAAACACAACGUGUUUAUUGGAACUUCAGGACAAUGAGGCAGCAUUUAGUGUGUGCACUGUGAAUUUCAGUGACAAGGAGUAUGGAACUCUUGUGGCUGUUGGUACGGCCAAGGGACUGCAGUUUUGGCCAAAAAGGCAAGUUUCAGUGGGGUUUAUCCAUAUAUAUAGAUUUGUUGAAGAUGGCAAGGCACUUGAACUUUUGCAUAAAACGCAAGUGGAUGGGGUUCCUCUAGCUUUAUGCCAGUUUCAAGGGAAAUUACUGGCUGGUAUAGGUCCAGUGCUGAGGUUAUAUGACUUGGGGAAAAGGAAGUUGCUUCGAAAGUGUGAGAAUAAGCUGUUCCCAAAUACCAUAGUAUCUAUCCACAGUUACCGUGAUCGUAUUUAUGUUGGCGACAUCCAGGAGUCAUUCCAUUAUGUAAAAUACCGAAGGGACGAGAACCAACUCUACAUUUUCGCAGAUGAUUCUGUCCCUCGAUGGUUGACCGCAUCAUACCACAUAGAUUUCGACACAAUGGCAGGAUCUGACAAGUUUGGGAACAUCUACUUUGUGAGGUUGCCACAAGAUGUUUCUGAUGAGAUUGAAGAAGACCCAACUGGUGGAAAGAUCAAGUGGGAGCAAGGAAGGCUUAAUGGGGCUCCUAACAAAAUGGAAGAGAUUGUUCAGUUCCACGUGGGUGAUGUGGUGACUUGCCUUCAAAAGGCAUCACUAAUUCCUGGUGGUGGUGAGUGCAUCAUUUAUGGCACAGUUAUGGGGAGCCUGGGAGCUUUGCUUGCCUUCACUUCGAGAGAAGAUGUUGACUUCUUUGCGCACUUGGAGAUGCAUAUGAGGCAGGAACACCCCCCUCUUUGUGGAAGGGACCAUAUGGCCUAUCGAUCUGCUUAUUUCCCUGUUAAGGAUGUGAUUGAUGGUGAUCUUUGUGAGCAAUUCCCAACGCUCGCCCCAGAUUUGCAGAGGAAAAUUGCAGACGAACUCGAUAGAACCCCAGGCGAGAUCCUCAAGAAGCUUGAAGAUGUCAGGAACAGGAUCAUCUAGUUUAGAUGAUACGCUAGGCUCCUUGACGACCCACUAAAUUUUGUAAAAUUAUGCCUCUCUCUCUCUCUCUCAUAGCCAAUCUGUUGAUUUAAGGGCAAAGGCACUAUUUGUGAAAAUUGUGGGAGGAGCCUCAAACUGAUGGUACAGAAUUGUUGAUUGUAUGCUCUUGUUGAUGGUUUAAGCGCUAACUGGUUGUGUAUUGCAUUGGCUCCUUGAGUUAUGACAUGAGUGCAUGCUCCUUACCUGAAUACAAAUCUCGCUGUAGUCUGUUGA